AAUCCAAGGGUCGUGUCUUUUCUUUUAAAACCAACCCUACCGAUUUCGCGUCCUUCUCUUUUCUUCUUCUCUCUUCUCUCAUUUCAUUCUCUCUGUUCUGCCUCCAUUAGAAGAACGAAGAUAACAGAACAGAGAGAGUAAAAGAGAGUGAGAAGAUUCAACUAACUAACUAGCUUCUUUACCAUGGCUCAACCUAGCAACGGUUCCGCCGAUCUGAACCAAAACGCGCCGCCGCAGCAGCAGCAACCGCAGCAGUGGGCGGCGCAGCAACAGCAAUGGAUGGCCAUGCAGUAUCCUGCAACCGCCAUGGCUAUGAUGCAGCAACAGAUGAUGAUGUACCCGCAGCAUUACAUGCCUUAUGUACAUCAUCAUUACCAGCCUCACCACCAGCAGCAGCAAGCAGCGGCGGCUGCGGCGGGGGCGGUGCCUCAGCAGCAGCACCAACAACACCAUCACCAGCAGCAGCAGAAGCAGCAGCAAGGCGGUGGUGGUGGUGAUGAGAUCAGGACGAUCUGGCUCGGUGACCUUCAUCAUUGGAUGGAUGAGAACUACGUUCAUAACUGCUUCGCUCACACCGGCGAGGUUGUGUCAGCGAAGGUCAUUCGGAAUAAGCAAACUGGUCAGUCGGAGGGAUAUGGAUUUGUGGAGUUCUAUUCGCGAGCAACAGCUGAGAAAGUCUUGCAGAAUUUUAACGGGACAAUGAUGCCAAAUACAGAUCAGGCAUUCCGUCUUAAUUGGGCUUCAUUCAGCGCAGGUGAAAGGCGUUCUGAGGCUGCUACUUCUGAUCUCUCUAUAUUUGUGGGGGACUUGGCCAUAGAUGUUACUGAUGCCAUGCUGCAAGAGACUUUUGGUAGCAGAUUUUCGUCUAUAAAGGGAGCAAAAGUUGUCAUUGAUUCUAAUACUGGCCGUUCAAAAGGCUAUGGUUUUGUUAGGUUUGGUGAUGAAAAUGAGAGGACAAGGGCAAUGACCGAAAUGAACGGUGUUUUUUGUUCCAAUAGACCCAUGCGAGUAGGUGUUGCAACGCCCAAGAAAACUUAUGGCUAUCAACAACAACAAUAUUCUUCACAAGCUGUAGUGUUAGCUGGUGGACAUCCGUCUAAUGGUGCUGUGGCCCAAGGUUCUCAGUCCGACGGGGAUUCUAACAACACAACAAUAUUUGUUGGAGGGCUUGAUUCUGAUAUCAGUGAUGAGGAUCUGAGACAACCGUUUUUGCAAUUUGGUGAUGUUGUCUCUGUGAAAAUUCCAGUGGGUAAAGGGUGUGGUUUCGUUCAAUUUGCUGACAGAAAGAAUGCGGAGGAAGCAAUUCACGCAUUGAAUGGAACAGUGAUUGGGAAGCAGACAGUGCGUCUUUCUUGGGGCCGCAGUCCAGGAAAUAAGCAUUGGAGGUCUGAUUCCAACGGCGGCCAUUACGGUGGUCAGGGUUAUGGAGGCCAUGGAUAUGGAGCGAGACAGAAUCAAGAUAUGGGUAUGCAUCCUACUGCUGCAAUUCAAGGUGCUUCGUAACGGGCCGUUGCAGAACUCGGUUAGGAUGGAUUUUAUUGCUCUCUGAAUCAAACUGUAGUAUUAUUUUUAAAUUUGUAGUAUUGUUAUAUGUGUUUGAUUCCUAAGAUUGUAUUAAAAUGUCUGAAAUUUUGGAGUGAACCUGACCCAUUAAACAUGGGUCAGGUGUUUUUGGUUUUUAACCCUUAAAAGUUAAAACAAUAUUGGUCGUAGACAGCCAAGAUUAUUUUUAAUACUAUCUUUACACAGUGCAAUGUAGCUGUUUGAGUCA